UCUACAAAGCAAUUGCUUUUCAUGUAAGACGAGUAAGAGGCAUGGGUCAGGGAGGAAAAUAAACCACCGCGGGGGCGUCCUCGGUGCUCCAGGUCAGACGUAGCCCUUCUCCGUGGGCUGUAGAAAGCGGCGACUCCCGGCUCAGUCCAAACUUCAAGGCUCCGCCCCUUACGCUCACCCCGGAGACCGAGCGUGCGUGGGCGCGUCUACGUGUGGGCGUGCAGAUGGUGACGGCCAUGUUUACUCUGAGCUGCGGCAGGCGUUUCAGGUAUUGGUAGGCUGGGGUCUCAGGAGACUCGUAGCGUGCUGGUGGCCCUUCGUGCCUCCGGCGGACGCUCUGGGACGAUUCCCCCUUCGUAGAGCUUGGACCACAGGGGUUCGGGCAGCAGCUCAGGGAAAGGGUGGGUUGGCUUCCUCCGCUUUCCGAAAGAGCCCCCCAAAUCCCCCUUUGUGCCCUUUCUUUAGAAAGAAAAGCAUCUCUCCGUCAUUGGCGUUGCAGACUUAGGCCCCAGCGUCCCCACCAGCCCGGCAGUUCCUCCCGUCGGCCCCGGGGACCACUCCGUGGGAAUGUUCCGACGUGGGUGUACGUUAUUGAAGUUUGAGAGAUGGCUAAUGAGUGAUGCUUGAUGACAGAUGAGUAAUGCUUAUUGCUAAAGAUUGAAGAUAUGAGGCAAGACUUCCUGUUACUACUUAAUCAAGAGGAAUUAAGAUUGAAACUCACUGUCUUAAAAAGACUUUGGGAGCAAGAAGUGUUGAGGCAGAUUUCUCAGUCAGACUCACAGGAUGCCAGCCACUGAUCUCCCCUUGUGGUUGUCUUUCUUAAGACUUUUCCUGUCUCCGUGAAGAGAAGUGAGAGGGGGGAAAGGGUUAUGACUGGAUGUCUGAUGCAUUAUUCUCAGUGGUGGAAGUGGUGAUUGCCUGCUGCUAGAAUGUUUGGGACUGUUUAAGUCCCAGCGACUUUUAAGGAUGUAGCUGUGGAAUUCAACCAGAAGGAGUGGACUUUGCUGGUUCAAACUCAGAGAAACCUGUACGAUAUGAUGCUGCAGAACUACAAGAAUCUGGUUGCAGUAGAUUAGGAGAUUUGUCUAAAUGCCAAAUGGUCAUCACCUGAGCAGAAUAUUUUGCAAGGGAAAAUUCCUACAUGGUGGAAGUGAACUCUGCCUGGUCAGCAGGGAGUCACAGAGGAGGCAGAAUGGAUGCGGAAUUGCUGACAACUUGGUCACAGGACUUGGUGACCUUUGAGGAAGUGGCAGUGGACUUCUCCCCAAAGGAGUGGGCACUGCUGAGCCUUGCUCAGAAAAUCCUGUACAGAGAUGUGAUGAUGGAGACCUUGAGGCAUGUGGCCUCUGUGGGGUAUUAUCUCUGCAAACACAGUCUGGUAACUGAAGUAGAGCAGGAAGAGCUGAGGACAGAAGAAAGAAGAAAUCUCCAAGUUGAGCCAGAUCUCCAAAUCUCCUGUUCAGUUUCAGACUCAGCUACUCAACUUAAACCAAAACAUGUAAUUCCUAUGCAGGAUGUUGCUGGGGAAAAGACUUCCAAUGGCAUAAAAAUGGCAACAACUUGCCCUGGUGAGAAAUCCUUGGAAUCUGAUCACUGUAGAAAAUUCUUCAGAAAGAACUGUCCCCUUAUUGGUACAAGGUAUCACAAGGGAGAAAAAUGCUGCAAAUACAAAGAAUAUGGGAAAGACUUUGGCUGUUCCUUAACUCUUCAGAGUCAUGUGAAUACUCGCACCAAAGAGAAAAUUUUCGACUUUAAUGAUUGUGACAAAGCUUUCAAUCAAGAGGCCUCCCUUAGGGAGCACUUCAGAACUCCCACUGGAGAGAGACUUUAUGAGUAUAAUCAGUAUCUUGCGUCUCUCAGUUUACAGCCUUCCUUUUUGGUGCAUGUGCAAAAACCUACUGGAGAGAGACUGUAUGACUGCAGUGACUCUGGAAAAAGAUCUUCCCACAGUGUGCAUGAGAAAUUGUGUACUGUGGAAGAAAGCUCAAAACAUAACGAACAGGAGAAGGUUUUCAUGGGCCCCUGGUCCCUUCAGAAAUGUGUGAGACCUCCCGCUGGAGAGAAACCUUUUCAAUGUAGUGACUGUGGGAAAAUCUUCAUCUUUCACUCCUCCCUCAAGAAACACGUGAGAUCACACACUGGAGAGAAACCUUAUGAGUGUGAUCAUUGUGGAAAAUUCUUCAGCCAGAGCUCUCAUCUUAAUGUGCACAGAAGAACACACACUGGAGAGAAACCCUAUGACUGUAAGGAAUGUGGCAAGGCUUUCACCGUGCCCUCAUCCUUGCAAAAACACAUGAGAACCCACACUGGAGAGAAGCCCUAUGAGUGCAGUGACUGUGGAAAGGCCUUUAUUGAUCAGUCAUCCCUUAAGAAACAUCGACGCUCUCACACUGGAGAGAAGCCUUAUGAGUGUAAUCAGUGUGGAAAAUCCUUCAGCACAGGCUCUUACCUUAUUGUGCACAAGAGGACGCACACUGGAGAGAAAACCUAUGAAUGUAAAGACUGUGGGAAGGCCUUUAGGAAUUCCUCUUGCCUGCGGGUCCAUGUGAGGACUCACACAGGGGAAAAGCCCUAUAAAUGUGUUCAUUGUGGAAAAGCAUUCAGCACCAGCACUAACCUUAUAAUGCACAAGCGAAUACAUACAGGGCCAAAGCUAUAUGAAUGAAAUGGCUACAGGCUAGCCUUAAGAGGUCCUUCACACCUCACUCCGCAGUUUAGAAUUCACGCUGUAGAGAAACCUUUGGUGACCAAUGUUGAAACACAUAUUAUACUGGCCAGUCUUGUAAGUGUUAGAGUUCUGUGAUUAUCUUUAUUGGUGAGUGUUUCAUCCUUAAAGUUUGACAACUCAUCACUUGAUGAGUAUUAAAUGUAGUGUAGCACUCUAAAUUUCCCUUGAUUUACAUCACAAAAGUUUUGAUAGAUAAUGUUUUCAUUGUAACUUAGUACUAAAUAUUGUCUACUUUUCAUCAAAGUGUCUUGGACAUAUAGAUUAUUUAGAAAUGUGUUUUUUAAUGUGCAGACUCUGCCUAUUUUAGUUACACAUUUGUAAUUUAAUUGCAUUGUGCACUGAAUAUAUGUUCUUCAUGAUAUAGAUUCUAAAUGGCAUAAAUUCAGACAGAAAAUUGUUGGAGAUUUGCUUUGUGGCCUAAUGUGUCAUAUACAACAAGGUGCUGUCCCAAAAUCCAUUGCCAUUUGUGACUGCAGUGACUUACAGUAAGUCACUUUAAGUCA